UAAUUUAGUCGCAAUCUAAACAGGACAUAUAAGUUUAAAAUAAUAAAUUAAAAAUCUUUUUUCAAAUAACGCCAAACAAAUAAACAUGGCUGGGAAUCAAUCACAGGCAUCGAGCAUUGAUGCUUUAGAUAAGGAACAAAUGAAAACGCUCUCCGAUUUUCUCACUUCGUAUAAUAAGCUUUCGGAAAUGUGUUUUACUGAUUGUGUUAGAGAUUUCACCUCUAGAACUCUUAGAGAAACUGAGGAAAAAUGUUCUUUAAACUGCAUGGAGAAAUAUUUAAAAAUGAAUCAACGCAUAUCUCAACGGUUUCAAGAAUUUCAAUUGAUUUCAAAUGAAAAUGCUUUGGCAAUGGCACAAAAAACUAGUAAAUCCUAGAACUAGUGGGUAUCAGCAACUGGAUUUUGAACUAAUAUUCUUAAAGUUUUUCGAUAAACGCGAUUAGUAAUAUUUAUCACUAAAUACCGUUAACGUUAGUGUUGAAAAUAUGCAUUUUAAUUUUAGAAUUUAAUUGCAGAUCUGU